GUUCAGUGGGAGACUAGAGAGACUAGUGGGAGCAGCAGAUAAGACAGGUAGAUAAGAGCUAGCUACAGGGUUGGCCUGCUGUGUUCUGACUGGAGGGUUGUGAAAGUGUGGGCGCCCUAACGCUGCGUGGAAUGCGGCCAGAGCGUGUUGGUACUUGAACUUCCGCAUCAGACGCCUGCAACAAAUGAACACACAUACACACACACACACACACACACACACACACACACACACACACACACACACACACACACACACACACACACACACACACACACACACACACACACACACACACACACACACACACACACACACACAAACACACACAGUUGGUCGCAUGUGGAGGACCUUCAAAUCUAAUUUGAUGUCCAUGAAGCUUUUAUUUUGACAAGCAGAGGACACCACAUUCGUUAAAGAUGGAUGACAUUGACGCCAUGUUCAGCGACCUGCUGGGGGAGAUGGACCUCCUCACUCAGAGUCUCGGGGUGGAGAAUGAACCCCCAAAUGCCAUCACCAGUCCGCCCGAAGAAGUGAAUCUCUCCCCAGGCUUCACAGACCUGAAUGAGUCUCUCCAUGAACUGGAGGACAAUGACUUGGACGUGCUCAUGGCCGACUUAAUGGCCGACCUAAAUGCCACCGAGCUGAAGCUAGCCGCCGACAUAGAGAACCUGAAGGUUCCCCCGUCGUCCUCUGCUAGCCAGCCGCCACCGGCUGCCCUCCCACCUGCGCCCCAGGGCCUGAGCUCCUACGACGCCAGCAUCCUCCCCUCCCCCGUCUCAUUGCAAGGCGAUGUCGGCACCCCUUCCCCUUCUCACCAGUCCCCACUGCCCCCGCCGCAGCAUGCCAAGCCCUCCAUGGAGGAGAUAGAGGCUCAGAUCAAAGCAGACAAAAUCAAGAUGGCCCUGGAGAAAUUAAAGGAGGCCAAAGUGAAAAAGUUGGUGGUGAAAGUUCUGAUAAAGGAUGGGAGUUCUAAAACUCUGAUGGUGGAUGAGAGGCAGAACGUGCGCGAUGUUCUGGACAACCUGUUCGAAAAGACACACUGUGACUGCAACGUUGACUGGAGCCUGUACGAGACCAACCCGGACCUGAACCUGGAACGUGGAUUUGAGGACCAUGAAAACCUGGUGGAGCCUCUGUCUGGUUGGACCAGGGACAGUGAGAAUAAGCUCCACUUUGAUGAGAGGGAGGACAAAUACGAAGUCUUCAAAAACCCUCAGAACUACUAUCUGUGGAAGAAGGACAAGCAGACACUGAAGGACAUGAGAGACAAAGACAAAGAGUUGCUGAUAGAGGAGAACUUCUGUGGGACGUCCAUAAAGGUGCCCGACCUGGAGGGAGCGCUGUACCUGCGUGAGGAUGGCAAGAAGUCCUGGAAGCAGAAACUCUUCCUCCUCAGAGCGUCCGGGAUUUACUACGCCCCCAAGGGAAAGAGCAAGACCUCCCGUGACCUGGUGUGUUUUGUGCAGUUUGACAACGUCAACGUGUACUACGCUAAGGACCUGAAGAGCAAAUACAAGGCCCCCACAGACUACUGCUUUGUUCUCAAGCAUCCUCAAAUCCAGAAGGACUCUCAGUACAUCAAGUACCUGUGCUGUGACGACCCCUGGACCCUGAAUUUGUGGGUGACCGGGAUCCGGAUAGCUAAGUACGGCGCCGCUUUCUAUAACAACUACAAGACCGCCGUGAAGAAGACGUCUUCGGGCUCCGCUUGGGCCAACCGCAUCACCUCCUCCACUAGCUCCUCCCCCUCUCCCGCGCCCUCACCCUCCCUCAGCGCUAAACAUGCUAGCCAGGCUAACGGACAUGCUACCAAACCACAACCAGGUCCUGUGUCUCAGGACAUGGGGAUGGAUGCUCCACCUCCACCCCCGCCUCCUCCUCCACCACCACCACCAUCUUCUGGUUCCUUCCCACCUCCUCCCCCUCUUCAGACCAGCUCCCUCCCCCCUCCUCCCCCACUGACACACAGCUCCCUCCCCCCUCCUCCCCCUCCCCCCCAGGCCCGACUCCCCCCAAAGCCCGCGUGUCGGGGCAAGCAGCCUCCGGGCCCCCUGCCCUCCCCGCUCCCCCCUCCGCCUCCCAUGGACAGCCUGCCUCCCCCGCCUCCCCCUCCCCCAUUCCCCGACGACGCCACCGAGGCCCCGCCCGACUUCUUGCCUCCCCCGCCGCCGAUGACCUCGGGCCCGGCCUCGCCCCCCGUCCGCCCGCCCGUGGUCGCCCCUCCCCCCAGGGCUAGCUUCCGGGGCGGCAGCAGAAACCAGAGUCUGCCCCCCCCACCUCCAGACCCUGAGUUCCUCCCACCCCCACCCCCACCAAUCAGCAUCUCUUCUGGAGGAGGAGGCGGGGCGCCACCUCCUCCUCCCCCUCCCCCACCUCCUCCUCCCUCCGGCUCCUCAGUGAGGAAGACCGCCCCCCCUCCCCCCAGGAGGACUACUCCUGUGCUGGCCGGAAGAGGAGGAGGAGGAGGAGGAGGAGAUGGUGAGGAAGGCAACUUCAUGUCUGAACUGAUGAAGGCCAUGAAUAAGAAGCGAGGAGAAGACUGAGGUGGAGACUCAGAACGCUCCGAGUUAACGUCACUGUCUCAAGGAAACUAAAUCAACCUUUUCGUCAUGGCAGAGGCUGUGUUGAUGAACUGUUGUUGAACAUGACAUACUACUGUCGUACUACGAUCAAAGCUCAAUACAGUGUUUGGAAUCGAUCGCCAAUCUGCCCUUUUACUGGUGUGAACACACCGAUUCCAUUUCUUUUAAGUAUAUCGAUAUGUCUUUACUGUACAGAAUGAUAUUUUACAAACAAAAAUAGAAAGGUCUGAUGGAAAUCCUGCAUUCUGUCAUCCAAUCCUGCAUUCUGUUGAUUUAAAAAACGUUCAAGUAAAUAUGUUAAAUAAAGGAAUAAUCAGUGAUCUGAUAUAAAGAGGGAGGGGAUUCUUGUCUUCCAGCAAGUAGUCAGUCAGGAAGUCAAACUUCAUGAGGGCAUCCAGUGAAGCUGAAUCCAUCAUGUGAUUUUGUGGAGGGAGACCAAGCACAGAACAUGAAGUUCAACUAAUCCGUCUCGUCUAUUAUGGGAGGAAUUUUUAAGGGAAAUAAGCGGGAGGUAAUAUAAAUAUUUUUUUGAAUUAUUGGUUUAGUAUUUGUUCAAUUUCGAGUAAUCGAAUGUAUCUAGAUCAACAAAGAAUGUUUUUUAUGCGUGUCUAUGAAAUAAUGGAUAUUGUUUUGAAUCAUUCAAAUUUAAAUUUGAUCUAUUAAAACAUAUAACUGCCAUGAAACAUUAUCAGUGUAAACUGUCAUAAUAUAGGCAGAGUAUUGUAAAUAGUGUAAAAUAUUCAUGUUUCUGUUAUACCUUGGAUCAAGUUAGAUUUUAACAGACAACAUGUCAAUGCGUUGUUAAAUAAAUAAACAUGUUAUGCUUCAUGAGAUUCGUUUCGUCCGUCAGUGGGUCCGUCGCCUCUGAGCUUACGAAUCCGGUGUGCUCCGGGAGAAACAGCAAUACCAACGGAAAUCGAGGCAGCAGUAUAGAAUCAGAAGUCAGACCAUUCGUGGAAAUAGAGAGUAGUAUAAUAUCUGAUAUCUUAUAUAUAGUGUAUUUAACGUUUUAUACUUAUAUUAUACUAUAUACCUGACCUUUUCAUUUUAUUGUACACCUGCUUGGGCAAUGAGUUGUAACUGGUCAAUUAAAAAUGGCGGAACAUUAUUAGGAGAGAAUCUGCAGGUUGGUGAGGGGUGUCACAUAUGCCACUGCCACCUAGGCCUACACUUUUUGCACUUAUUUUUUGCAGAUUUUGGGUGACAUAAAGCAAAAUUAUCUCCUCUACGGAUGCCAUGUUUGCGAUUGUCGAGUCCGGACAGUCACUGCCCUCUAGAGCAGCGGUCCCAAACCACCGUGCCGCGAACCGGUACCGGGCCGCGGGACAUUCCUAACCGGGCCGUAGGUUAGUAGGCUACGACAUGACUAGAAAAAAGAAAUAUAUAUAUAUAUAUUAAGAAAUUCAUGCAAAAUGCAUGUACA